UCCGGGCUUUCAAGGGAAACUCUUGCACGGGGCGGGGGCAGCCUUGGGGGGUGCAGGAGCAGGAGGCUUUGGCGCGGGCGGCGUUGUUGCAAAGUGGGAGAGCGUCGUCUGGGCUGGUGGACGGGGCUAGGAGAUGGGAGGCCCCUUUGUGUUCUGAGCGGGAUGGCCUUUGUGGCCUCUUGGAGGGGGCUGCCAAGAUGGCCACAGGAGUGCGGGACCAGUAUGAGCCAGUGGCUGAGAUUGGCAUUGGCGCUUAUGGCACCGUCUUCAAGGCUCGCGAUCUACAGAGUGGAAAAUUUGUGGCGCUCAAGAACGUGCGGGUGCAGAGCAAUGAGAACGGGCUGCCGCUGUCGACCGUGCGGGAGGUGGCCCUGCUGAAACGGCUGGAGCACUUUGACCAUCCCAACAUUGUGAGGCUAAUGGAUGUUUGCACGACGGCACGGACAGAAUGUGAGACCAAAGUGACGCUGGUCUUUGAGCACGUGGAUCAGGAUCUGAAGGCGUACCUAGAAAAAACACCACCUCCUGGCUUACCAGUAGAAGUAAUAAAGGACAUGAUGCGUCAGUUCUUGAGUGGCUUGGAUUUCUUGCAUUCAAACUGCAUUGUUCAUCGUGACCUCAAACCAGAGAAUAUCCUGGUGACCAGCUCUGGUCAAGUCAAACUGGCUGACUUUGGCCUGGCUCGUAUCUACAGCUGCCAGAUGGCCCUGACGCCACUGGUAGUCACCCUCUGGUACCGUGCUCCAGAAGUGCUGCUCCAGUCAACCUAUGCUACUCCUGUGGACAUGUGGAGUGUGGGUUGCAUCUUUGCUGAGAUGUUUCGAAGGAAGCCUCUCUUCUGUGGCAACUCCGAAGCUGACCAGCUGGGCAAGAUCUUUGAUCUGAUUGGGCUCCCCUCUGAAGAGGACUGGCCACUGGAUGUGUCUCUGCCACGUUGUGCCUUUGCUGCCCGCCCUCCACAGUCUGUUGAGACGUUUGUGCCAGAAAUAGAGCCUCUGGGGGCUCAGCUGCUUUUGGAAAUGCUGACAUUUAACCCGUACAAGCGCAUCUCUGCCUUCAAAGCACUGCAUCACCAGUACUUUCAAGACAAUGGCGCAGGUGAAGGGUAGCAUCCCAGCAGAUCCCUCUGUGGCGGGGGGGAAAGACUAUACAGAAGACUCUUCAUGUGAGAGUGGUUAACUUGCAUCCCACAAAGAAGCUGCAAUCAAUCCUGUCUCCAAGCCUCCUGGCUGUGCUAGGACGGGGUGGGGACUUAGCUGUUAUCAACAUGCAUAAAGAAAAGAGGUGCGAGUUGCCGGAAAUGCAAAACUGAAAUAAUUCCAAUCCAGGAAGUGCUGAGGUUCUCUAGUGGUAUCUGUGCCACUGUCAUACAUGUACACAUUCUAUGUUCCUGGGUUGAUCCCCAGUGGAGUUCUUGAAGGUCAGUUUGUUUGUGGGGGGGCCAGUUUGAGGCAUCUCAUUCAGUCGUCUGGGGGUUCUUUGCCAAAGGUAUCUCUGAUAACGUGUUUUUUAACAGUUUACACAAUAAUGUUGCUGCCUUAUCACAUUCCUGUGGCUAAAAGUUUGACACUAAAGCCCUGCCUUAACUUGUUACAGCUCCAUGAAAAUGGGAGCAGAGGAUAUUUUUGUACCAAUAUUCACAAUUCUUUGCUUUUGGGAUUUUUUGUUUUUGUUUUUCAUUUGCCAAGACACUGGUCAGGACGGACCUACGUCAUUGGGUAUCUGGGCACGGAAGAGCUGCUCAGAUGGAGAUCAACUGCUUCUGUUUUAUGAUUCUAGUCACUGAUGUGGAACUUGCUUUAAAAAAAAAAAGAUGACAUUUCAAUAAAGAAUAUGGGUGGGGGUCAAGUGAAUACAACUUGGUCUUCCCCUUAUCACUUGAAAA